UGUGAAUAGAAAGCAAAUGAAUAUAAAAGUUGCGUUUUCGGAUGUCAAAACAAAAUUGAAAAAAUAAAAUCGAACGAUUUCAAGGCGAGGUCUAUUCGUAAUUUAUUGUAAGUUUGUGGAAUUUGGUAUUGCGUCGGAAAGUGCAUAAAAAGUGGAAACAAUGGUGUCGAAUUAAUAAGUUGCUGAGAUAUGGAUGAAUUUAAUUUUGCACAGCCUGCUCCUGCAGCAAUUGGGGAGCCUGCUAUAUUAACACGUAAUAUAGUCCUCCAAAAAUAUGUGAUUGCACUACGCCAUUUUCGUAAUAUAGCUGAGAAGUCAUUCCGUGUACGCCCGCUUUAUUUUGAUAACUAUCUCCUAUGGCAAUACUUUCAACAACGCAGCACAUUGGAUGAUGACGAUGAUAUGAAUAUACGGAACUACUCAAACCUAUCAUCUCUAGCAUUUCUCAAAUUAGAAGUGCUCAGCCAAAUCUUGGAUCGGCGGCGCCAAAUAUUAUAUUGGAUAUUUUAUCUUUUGCUUGUUUCGCUGUGCGUUUUUGCUUAUCGACAUCGUAAUGACACAUCGUCGGAUGGUUUAACGUCUGCAGGACAUGAUGUUCAUUCUUUUAUAUAUCCCAGUAUGCGCAUGUGGCGUCGCAUAACACUGCCAUUAAUUCAACGUUUUCCACGACUCACAGAACUGUAUGAUGAGGCGUGUCUAAUGCAGAAUCCAUUUUUCCAAGGUGUCGAUGCCCUUAGCUGCGAUCCUUGUUCAACAGUACAGAGUGUACUCGAUUUGACUUCGGAAACGGAGCGGAGUAUUGAUGUUUACAACGAUAAUCAAGACGACAACAGCAGUCGCGAUAAUUCAAAUCGAGAAAUGCCAAAUGAAUUUGUGCCUUUUGUAUUUAAAAUAAACCAAAAUCCCAUUCAACUGCAGGAUUUCUAUAAUCUCUACAUAAGCAAUCAUGCAACAUUUCAUCGCGAUGCGUACCGUGUGCAAUCGACAAAUCGCGAAGUUACAAACCUAGAAGAGCUUUUUAAUAAAUACAAUCAUACGGAAAGCAAAGAAAAGUCUACGCAAAUAGUUGAGGCGCAUAAUUUGUGGCGUUGCAACCGUAUGCUACCCGCACGUCUGUUGCGCAAGCUUUUCACCAGUCCAACAAUACAUCUGCCGCGUACCGGUAUCGCGCUAGAGCGAUACAUGACCAUCGACACAACACAAGCGCCGACCUAUACUUUGCCUGAUACGCAGUGUGCAAAUGUAUUUGUACAACAAGCGCUCGGCACUAGAUACAUCUUCCUGCGCCCGACAAGUGAAUGUCGGCAUCGUUGUCGCACAUUGUCAAUACGCUUACCACAAUCUUUCGUGCUCAGCUACAAUUGGCUAUAUUGGAAACCAAUUUCUGCGCCCGAUCCUGUAGCCGAUUCAUUUUCAAUUACAUUAAUUGGGUCUUAUUGUUAAGGCCGGAUAAUAUAUUUUAUUUUACAUAUUUUAUUUACGACUAAACAUCGCAGGACGAAAUCAUCAUAAUUUUUUUAUAUACACACGAAGCAUAUAUACAUAUAAGGAUAAACUCGUACGCAUAUCCUAAUGUUGGUUUACGAGGUUUACGGGUAAAUCUAUUUUGCGCCCACAUAACUCAUCGCAUAGUAAUAUGAUUAAUAGUGAACAAACCGAACUUAUAUUACUCACAAUACAUUUCUCUUCCUAUUAUUUAAUAAUCAUGGCGUAUUUGGUGUAUAACCUAAAAGUAAAAUAACAGAACACAAUUUGCAAUCUAGCUAUCAACCAAAUAUUUCUUUUGAAAUAUUUAAAACUAUAUUAAUGUACCCUUACAUACAACCACACAAAAGGCGAAUGACUAUUUUUCUAAAUUAAAAUUUGUGCAAAUGUUUUAAUAAUUCCUUUGAUACUCGGUCAAUAAAAGUUCGAUUUUCUUUGGUCGCAUGAAUGUGUUCAAUAAGAUUAAAAAAAUGUGCUCAAUUAAUCCUUAAAGAAUUGUGUGCCAAAAACUUUCAUUUAUGUCUCGUCAAGUAUUGCUUUGUGUAACAAAUUAAUUACCACUAAAGUGGUUGGUCUUUAUACCGAGAAUAUGCGAAAUUUAAACAAAAAGAAAUGCUAGUCAAUACUCUACUUGCAUUUAAUUGAACGAAAUUUAUUUUACAGGUUUUUACGUUUAGGUACUCCUUUUUUCAGUUGACUUUGACUUUUGUAUUGCAUUUAUACCUGAUAAGUUUCUUUUUACAAAAUUCUGUAUUAAUUUUUUUAGAUUUAAUUUGUAAUAAAAAAUAAGUUUUGUUUUAUAAUGAAAUCUUAUAUUAAACAAUAAUCAAUUAUUUUUAUAUUGUGUGUGAAAAAAUAGGUUAUUACUUCCUAACUAAAAAUUUCCAUAUAAUGGAGUUAAACUAUAUAUGUAUAUGCUUUUAGUUACCGUUAGACAUACAUAAGUACAAUAAUCAAAAGAAGCCUAAUAAAAUUCAACAAAA